ACUACUACUACUACUACUACUACUACUACUACUACUACUACUACUACUACUACUACUACUACUACUACUACUACUACUACUACUACUACUACUACUACUACUACUACUACUACUACUACUACUACUACUACUACUACUACUACUACUACUACUACUACUACUACUACUACUACUACUACUACUACUACUACUACUACUACUACUACUACUACUACUACUACUACUACUACUACUACUACUACUACUACUACUACUACUACUACUACUACUACUACUACUACUACUACUACUACUACUACUACUACUACUACUACUACUACUACUACUACUACUACUACUACUACUACUACUACUACUACUACUACUACUACUACUACUACUACUACUACUACUACUACUACUACUACUACUACUACUACUACUACUACUACUACUACUACUACUACUACUACUACUACUACUACUACUACUACUACUACUACUACUACUACUACUACUACUACUACUACUACUACUACUACUACUACUACUACUACUACUACUACUACUACUACUACUACUACUACUACUACUACUACUACUACUACUACUACUACUACUACUACUACUACUACUACUACUACUACUACUACUACUACUACUACUACUACUACUACUACUACUACUACUACUACUACUACUACUACUACUACUACUACUACUACUACUACUACUACUACUACUACUACUACUACUACUACUACUACUACUACUACUACUACUACUACUACUACUACUACUACUACUACUACUACUACUACUACUACUACUACUACUACUACUACUACUACUACUACUACUACUACUACUACUACUACUACUACUACUACUACUACUACUACUACUACUACUACUACUACUACUACUACUACUACUACUACUACUACUACUACUACUACUACUACUACUACUACUACUACUACUACUACUACUACUACUACUACUACUACUACUACUACUACUACUACUACUACUACUACUACUACUACUACUACUACUACUACUACUACUACUACUACUACU